AUUCAUCAUGAAAUUGUUGAUAGCACUGACUUUGUUAUUGGGCACGGCCAGUGCCGUGUCCUUCUUUGAGGUCGUUGUCGAGGAAUGGGAGGCCUGGAAAUUCGUCCAUGGCCAGAACUACUCGACUCCGGCUGAGGAGAAAUUCCGCAUGAAGGUGUUCAUGGAGAACAAGGCCAAGGUGGCCAAACACAAUCAUCGAGCUCAUCGAGGCCAACACACCUACUUCUUGAAGAUGAACAAGUAUGGAGAUCUCCUCCACCACGAGUUUGUCAAUCAAAUGAACGGCUUCCGUAAUGACCUCAAUAAGAAACCGUCUCUUUUGGGAGCCACCUUUAUCUCGCCCGCUAAUGUUAAGGUCCCCAACGAAGUUGACUGGAGAACCAAAGGUGCCGUCACUCCUGUCAAGGAUCAAGGCCAAUGUGGAUCCUGUUGGGCAUUCUCUACUACUGGAUCUUUGGAAGGACAACAUUUCCGCAAGACUGGCAAGAUGGUCUCGUUGUCGGAACAGAACUUGAUUGAUUGUUCAGAAUCCUUCGGUAACCAUGGCUGUAAUGGGGGCCUUAUGGACUUGGCCUUUCAAUACAUCAAAGACAACGGUGGGAUCGACACUGAAACGUCUUAUCCAUAUGAAGGCAAAGAUGCCUCGUGCCGAUUCCAAGCCAAAAAUGUGGGUGCUCGUGACAAGGGAUUCGUCGAUUUACCACCUGGCGAUGAAGAGAAGCUGAAAGAAGCUGUUGCCACGAUGGGACCCGUCUCGGUGGCCAUUGAUGCUUCUCACGAAUCGUUCCAAUUCUAUUCUGAAGGGGUUUAUGAUGAGCCCGAGUGUGAUUCUGGCUCGCUUGAUCAUGGAGUCUUGGUCGUUGGAUAUGGAUCCGACAAUGGAUCCGACUAUUGGUUGGUGAAGAACUCGUGGAGUACCAAAUGGGGAGAUGCUGGUUUCAUCAAGAUGGCCAGGAAUAAGAAUAACCAAUGUGGAAUCGCCUCAUCAGCCUCUUAUCCCCUUGUGUAAACUAGAAAUGCUAUUUUCAUUCAGCCUCGCUUUUUUUAUUUGUCCUUUUUAUUUCAAACGUAAUUCACGUACAUGUGAAUAAGAAAUCAUAUUGUGGA